AUGGUACGUGUUCAAAACAAUUUCCCUGUCGAAGAUAUUAAAGCUGACGAUUCCAAGCUGAAGGCAUAUAUUGAAAAGAGAGAACAAGAAGAAGAAGAAAAGCCCCCAUUAGAGUCACACUAUGACCACAAGAGUCUUCGCCAUUGGGGACUUGCAACCUCGCUCAACCAGCAAGUUGCAACAGGACAGCCACAACCCACAGCCCACAAAAAACACAAAAAACAACAAUACAAGAAAACGAAACAAGGCAAAAUGGCACCAAGUCCAAGCAUCAUACACACGCCUGAAGACACCGUUGGCAAGACGGUCAUGGAAUCAUUGAAUGGAAGCACAUUACCUCGAAAGACGAACUGGUCCAGUAUGGACUUGACUUCACUACAACUUGUGCAUCUCACGGCAACACAUGUGGCUUGGUGA